CUUCCUGAUGACACAGAUGCUCUUCUUUUGGACUUGCGGCACCUAGCGGCAGACGUAGCAACUUACAGUAAAGCGCAGCAUCCUCAGCUGUUACUGUUAUCACAUGAAAACGCCUGGACGUGUUUGUCAAUGCAGAUGAGGAGUUAGAUGUCGUCAUUUGUUCAUAAACAAAGCAGGUAUACACGCUUUAAUAAAUUGCUAAAGAGCAAUGAGUCGUUGCUUGCGGGUAUUUUUACAGUCAUAUUCAGCUGUGUUUGCUAUCUUGAACACACCCCGCUGAGUACCCCGAUAUUGUUCAAGGGGAAUAAUGGCUGCACAGGAGCCGUCUCCACCAUCUUCCCUGGAAGGUAACAAACCGGGCUUCCCAAAGAAAAUUUUGGCUAACAACCUGGAGGAUAAGCAUUUGUGCAACUCGUGUCAGAAAAUCCUGAGAAGGCCCCUGCAAGCCCAAUGCGGUCACCGCUUUUGUUCGUUCUGUUUCAACAAAAUUGUGAGUUGUGGACCACAGAAAUGCAGUGCAUGCAUCAAAGAAGACCUGUUUGAGGAACCCACCUCGAUCCUUAAGCAAGGUGGUGCUUUCCCUGACAAUGCAGCCCGCAGAGAAGUGGAGGCCUUGGCAGCUGUCUGUCCCAAUGAAGGAUGCAUAUGGACUGGAACUGUCAAAGAAUUUGAGGCCAGCCACGAGGGCAACUGUGACUUCAUGAUCAUCCUCUGUCCUUCCUGUAAAGAGCUCAUGAGAGCCAAUGAGCAGGAACGCCACAAUGAGAGAGAGUGUCCGGAGAGAACGCUCAACUGCAAAUACUGCAAAGAACCCUUCCUGUUAAAGAAUAUCAAGGCUCAUGAUGAGAUCUGUCCAAAGUAUCCAAUGAUUUGUGAAGGUUGUGCGAAGAAAAAGAUCCCCAGAGAAAAGUAUGUGGACCAUAUUAAGUUCUGCAGUAAAUUUAAAGCUCCAUGCAGAUUUCAUGUUGUUGGCUGCGAUACGUCUGUGGAGAAAGAGAAGAUCCAUGACCAUGAGCGCCAGUGUUCGUAUGAACACCUUAACCUGCUUCUGCAUUUCAUCAUGGGCAUCAAGGUGAGCCUGGAGAGCCUGCAACCCCAAAGCCUGGAGGUGGCCAGCCAGAAGCUGCAGGAGCUCCACCAGUCCCUCAGGGAUCUGGAACUCAAGAUGAGCCAGCUUGGUGGGUGUGUUGCAGCUCCUGUGCAGGGAGCAUGUGCCCCGACCCUAACCACAUCCUUCACCCCGCUGCCCAGUGCCAUGGGUGCCGCUUUGGAACUGCAGCUACAGAGUGAAAAAACCAAAGUGGCUGAGCUAAGCCGGCGCUGCCAGGAGCUGGAGCUCAAAGUGAGCACUUUCGAAAACAUUGUCUGCGUCCUCAACCGCGAGAUGGAGCGCUCCUGCACUACCAUGGAGGCCUACAACCGCCAACACAGACUGGAUCAGGACAAGAUUGAAAUCCUCAAUAACAAGGU